ACGAACUCACAUAAAUGAAGAGAGGAAGAAGCUAAGGCUUGAAGAAGAAAGUGCUGGAGGGUCAUGUCUGCGGAUCAGAAAAAUGCUCGAUCUGGGAAAGCUCCGAAAAAAGAGUCUCAGCCUUUAAUCAUCGCUAAAACUCCAGCACAGGAGCAGCGAUUGAAGCUGGAGAGACUAAUGCGAAACCCCGACAAAGCUGCGCCCAUACCAGAGAAACCAAAAGAGUGGAAUCCAAGAGCUCCACCAGAGUUUGUGCGCGAUGUGAUGGGUUCCAGUGCUGGAGCAGGCAGUGGCGAAUUUCAUGUGUAUAGACAUCUGCGGCGCCGCGAGUAUCAGAGACAAGACUUUCUGGAACGAUUGUCUGAUAAACAAAAGAUGGAUGAAGAUUAUAUUGAGAAGCUGGAGGAAAACCAAAAGGCUGCUGAGGGAAGAACAGCCAAACGGAGAAAGAAAAGGGAGAAGUUGAAACAGAAGAAGCUGAUGGCCAAGAAAGCCAAGUUGGAGAGCCAGAAAGAAGGAGGUGAAGUUUCGGAGGAGCCAUCACCAGCAUCCUCUUCUGAAGAAGAGGAGCGAGAAGAUGAUGCUGAGGCGCCCAGCUUCAUCAUGGGCAAGAGGUGAACGCAUGUGAGGGGCUCACAGACUCAACACUGUCCAUCAGACGUCUUUAGCAAACCAGACUCACCUCAAACUGAAAAUUUGCAGAGGCGUGUGCUGAAAUGACAACAAAUUCCAGGUCUGUGUUUUCAGAAGCCUGCUGUCAUCAUGCCUGCCUGAGUCAGAUGUCAAACUCUUAAACUGGACAUUUAAUAUAUUGUUGUUUUUUUCUUUUUUAUUUGGUCGUUCAUGAUGACAUGAUGUGUUUGGGUUUCACCUCAAGCUGUAUUUGUUUCUGUAAAUAUGCAUUUUUAAUAAACCACAAAACAAUA